AUGGCCAAGCAUAAUCCUGACCUAAUUAUGUGCCGCAAGCAACCCGGAAUAGCCAUCGGAAGGUUGUGUGAAAAGUGUGACGGCAAGUGCGUAAUCUGCGAUUCUUUGGUGCGCCCUUGCACGCUUGUUCGGGUGUGCGAUGAGUGCAACUAUGGAUCAUUCCAGGGCCGGUGUGUUGUGUGUGGAGGGGUUGGAAUUUCUGACGCUUACUACUGCAAAGAGUGUACUCAGCUGGAAAAAGACAGAGACGGGUGUCCCAAAAUUGUGAAUUUGGGAAGUGCUAAAACCGAUCUGUUCUAUGAACGUAAAAAGUAUGGUUUCAAGAAAAGAUGA